UUGCUUUAGAUGAACAAGUGGAUCGAUUGCUAGCCACAACUGAAAAAGAUUCUGCGAGCGUCGAUUCUCUUUUUCCAGUACCUAUAUCUAAUUCCGGGUUUAAACUUUCGAAGUGCGUAAAGAUGUUCAAAAUCUCAACAUGGGUCAUCCUCGGCGGCCUGCGUUGUCUUCGAGUCAGUGAGUUCUUUGGGGUCCCGCACUCACAAGUCCCCCCCACUUCUCUCAGCCCAUCCUUCCCUCAGCCAGUUCUCUCUCUUUCUCUUCUCGCGUGAGGCUCUCGCUCUUUGGGAUUCUAGUUUCUUCCCUUUUCUCUCCGAAGAAUAUAUUCUUUACUAUCAAAUUCAAUGGCUUUCGUUAGAGCUCUCUCUCUCCAAAACGCAUGAACGCAAUUGCGACCCAAGAAGAAUCUAAAAGUGGCUGUUCUUUAUUCUUCUCUGUCUUUCCUUUGCUCUGCCCCCUGAUCUGAAGAAGAUAAAAUUUUGGGGGUCAAAGAACAACCCAGAUAUGGAAACUGCAGUUCUGGAUGAUGUAAUUAAUAGGCUCCUUGAAGUUAGAGGGAGCCCGGGGAAGCAGGUCCUGCUUUCUGAGGCUGAGAUCAAGCAGCUUUGCGUUGUCUCUAAGGACAUAUUUUUGAGGCAGCCUAAUCUUUUGGAGCUUGAAGCUCCCAUCAAGAUCUGCGGGGAUAUUCAUGGUCAGUAUUCUGAUCUUCUGAGGCUUUUUGAGUAUGGUGGAUUUCCUCCGCGCUCUGAUUACUUAUUCUUGGGGGAUUAUGUAGAUCGUGGAAAGCAAAGCCUUGAAACAAUAUGCCUUCUCCUUGCAUAUAAAAUAAAAUAUCCAGAAAACAUUUUCCUUUUGAGGGGAAACCACGAAUGUGCUUCUAUAAACCGCAUCUAUGGUUUUUACGAUGAGUGUAAACGAAGAUUUAACGUUGGAAUCUGGAAAAUAUUCACAGAUUGUUUCAAUUGCCUACCUGUGGCAGCUCUUAUUGAUGGAAAGAUACUCUGCAUGCAUGGGGGACUUUCUCCUGACUUGCACAAUUUGGAUCAGAUAAGGAAUUUUCGGAGGCCUUGUGAAGUUCCAGACACUGGUUUACUAUGUGAUAUUCUCUGGUCUGAUCCUAGUAAAGAUAUUCAGGGGUGGCGGACGAAUGAUAGGGGAGUUUCCUAUAUCUUUGGUGCUGAUAUAGUGACAGAAUUUCUUCAGAAGCAUGAUAUCGACUUAAUUUGCCGAGCUCACCAGGUCGUGGAAGAUGGAUAUGAGUUCUUUGCUAGUAAACAACUUGUAACCAUAUUUUCUGCACCUAAUUAUUGUGGAGAGUUUGACAAUGCUGGUGCCAUUAUGAGUAUAGAUGAGACUCUAAUGUGCUCUUUCCAAAUAUUAAAGCCUUAAGAUAAAAGGUCAAUGUUUGGCUUUGGGAACACAUCUUCAGCUAAGUCUGGUACUACAACAAAAAUAAAGGUAUUUUUAUUCCAAAUCGCCUAUCUUACAGUAAUAGUGACAAAUAAUCCUCCUGAAACCAUGUUGAAGUACCAUGAUCUGCUUUCUUCCCUGCACCCCCAACUGCAAAAAAAAAAAAAAAAAAGUGGUGGGAAAAAGAAAAAUAAAGGUCCCUAACAAAAAUAAAUAAAUAAAGGCAUUCAGGUCUUUUAACUAUCAAACAUUGAUCCAUUGCUUGACCAAAUCUUGGGUCAAACAAAUCAGAGAAUUUGAUCGAUUGUCUUGCUCUCAAUAUAAAUUUGACCCGGUCUUGUUGCUUUAGGCACCCACGAUUAUGGUAUAUGUCACUAAGGAUUCAGGGUAGCCCGGGUGCAAGCUCAAAUGCAUGAUGUCGGAAAAAAACUACCAUCUAGUUGUUGCAGUCUCUGAUAGCUCUUCACUCCUAAGACAUCCCAAAGUGUUUCAGUGUGUCCAAGAUGGGAGUUCGACACCUUUUCUUUAUCAAAAUUUGCUACAAAUUACAUUCAUUAUUCUUGUUAAGAAUAUAAUACAAAUAAAAGUUUUUGGUAUAAGUGAAGAUUUCACAUGGUAUAAUAGGCAAAUGUUCUGAGUUCAAACCCAGACUCUAUACUUUAUCCUAUUUAAUUAAAUAUUUUACGUGUUGAGCCCACUCAUUGAGAGGGAGUUUGGCCCACACCUGAUAGGAAGAGCUAGAUUUAAUUAUUUGUAUCAUAUUCAUAAUAAUUCUUUGCUCUCACUGUUCUCCUGUAGUGGUUGUCUCAUUCAUAGAGAUUUUCUCUUUCUUGUUGCUAUGUAUUAGGCUAGAAAUUACCUUGCACUUUGACAUUAAUACAUUUGACCCCUAAUGGUCCUAUCUAACACUCCAAUUUGUUUUCCCCUUCCUUUAGUCGUUUCUUGGUGCCAAGGUAUGAGAAAUUCGCUAAGGAAAAAUCUGAAGGAGGAAGC